AUGGAAAGACUUCAAUCGUUGCUGGGAUCCAGAAUGGGAGGUCUUGGCGGUGCUCAGCAGGGCGACCAGCCGGCCAUCGACAAUGCGGAAACCGUGUAUAUCUCGUCGUUGGCGUUGCUCAAGAUGCUGAAGCACGGCCGUGCAGGUGUUCCUAUGGAAGUGAUGGGUCUCAUGCUGGGAGAUUUCAUUGACGAUUUCACAAUCCACGUGGUGGACGUGUUUGCGAUGCCCCAAUCGGGAACAGGUGUUUCUGUGGAGGCCGUGGACGACGUUUUCCAGACCAAGAUGAUGGACAUGCUCAAACAAACAGGCAGAGAUCAGAUGGUGGUGGGAUGGUACCACUCGCACCCGGGAUUCGGGUGCUGGCUGUCGUCUGUGGACGUGAACACACAGCAGUCGUUCGAGCAAUUGAACCCGCGCUCCGUUGCGGUUGUUAUAGACCCUAUCCAAUCCGUGAAAGGUAAGGUGGUGAUAGACGCAUUCAGAUCGAUCUCGUCGCAGACCUUGAUGUUGGGCCAGGAGCCAAGACAGACCACGUCCAACGUGGGUUUGCUAAACAAACCAACAAUCCAGGCAUUGAUCCACGGACUCAACAGAAACUACUAUUCGCUUAACAUCGACUACAGAAAAACCUCAAAGGAAACAGACAUGUUGUUGAACCUGCACAAGAAAGAGUGGACCUCCGGACUUAGAGUGCACGACUACAACGACAAACAGUGUAAAAACUUGGAAGGGUCCAAGAAAAUGGUUAAAAUUGCCCAGCAGUACGUGGAAAGAGUGGUGGAGGAAAAAGAAUUGUCUGAAGAACAGCUCAAGACAAGGUACGUUGGAAAACAGGAUCCAAAGAAACAUCUUGGCGAGACCGCAGAGUCUCUGAUUGAGGAGAAUACCGUUUCGAUCACCGCUGGAAAUGUGAAUAGAUUAGCCAUUUAA